UCCAUCCAUAGUGGUUCUUUUUGGCGUAGUCACGUAGUCAUUUUACGUCAUGACCACGCAGCUCACGUUAUAUGUGGAGACCAAAAUCUCUUAAAGGACACACUGCAUAAUAAUUUUCUUUUUUUCUUUUCUUUUUAUUAUUAACUCAGUGCCACAGGAACAAGAGGUAUUACACAAUCAUGUCAAGUUAACAUUAGCUGCUAGAGAAAAAGAAGGAAUAAAAUAGAAAAAAAAAGAAAAGAAAAUACAUUACAUUACAUAAAUUUCAAUAAUUUUAGAGCAUUACAUGUUUUCAGUGCUUUUUUGUUUUUUGUUUGUUCCAGGAGAUUUACAUACAAUUUAAAGUCGUUAAUAAAAUGAGAAAAAUUUGGUUUACACCGAGCCCACUUUUUCUUAUGUAUAUGGAAUUUUCCUAAUAAAAUAAACAAAUGUAUAAUAUGUUGUUCUUUACAAUUCAACCUUUCACUUUCCGUAUAAAAAAGCACAUCAAAUAUACAAAUUUCUAUCAUACAUUCCAUUUUUCUGCUAAUAUAGAAUUCCAUAUCUUUCCAAAAUACUCUUGAGUAAAUACAAUGAAAAAAAAUAUGCAAAAUGGUUUCUUUUUCUUGACCACAAAACUCACAGGUAUAUGAAAUAUUAAGCUUAAAUCUUUCCAAAGUAUGCUUGGCAGGAUAAAUUCUAUGAAGUAUUUUGUAAGACACUUCCUUAAUUUUGUUAUUGAUACAAAACUUAUUUGACAGAUUCCAUGCUUUAACCCAAGAGAUAUUAUCAAAUAAAGAAGACCAGAAAAAUCUUGCUGCAGGUAAAGACACAGAACGAAGAGCAUUCCUUAUAAUCUUAUUACUACACUUUUGUUUUAACACGUCAACAUUUCCAAUGAAAAUGUUUCCACAAGGAUUAACUAUGCUGAUUCCUUCUGAAAUAUAAUUUUUUAAAAGUAUUGUCACACUUUUUGGAAUUGCGUCAAUAACAAUAGCAAAAUCUCUUGGUCUAAUUGGUAAUCGAAAUUUUUGAAGAAAUUCAGUAUAUGACAACAAGUAUCCAUGAGAAUUAAAUAACUGUCUUACUAAAAGAAUACCUUCAUUGAACCAAGUAUGAUAGAAUAAAGAUUUGUUUUUAAAUAAUAUAUCUUUGUUAUUCCAUAUGAAAUAGUUGUGGGGUGAAAAAUUGUGCUUAUACACCAAUUGCCAUGCUAACAGGGCUUGCACUGCAUAAUAAUGUAAUGUAACAUAACUUUGGCCGUUACACCCUCCAUUCCUCAAGAGGGCCGACUUUGUGAUUUGAUUUUCACUGUGAAUUCUGGGGAUUCUCUGCAACGUCACGACAGAAGCUCUCGCGUUGUUUGCAACUAGGAAGAAGUAAUAUUAAAACAACUGUAUGCGUUAACAGUCAAAGAAAUAUUUAUUACUUUAAAAUUUUUUUAGAGAUCUUUCAUAGAUUUUACUGAAGUCCAGUACUAUAUAAAACACCGCCUGAGGACAGUACAGAUAUAAGAAAAAUGUAACAUACAUAAAUGCACGGAUGGACAAGCGAGACUGCGGUCAUUUGUGUUCCUGGUUUAAUCAUUUUAAUGUAGGAAGGCGGGCUUGGUUGUGACACAGGAUGGAAGGGGCGUCAGGCACGAAUGUGUCAGAAGAGGAUGAUUAUGCAGAUAUCCGGGCCGAUUUCUCCAAGGCUAAAUGGGUCAGGCUGCGGAGAUGCGAGAAGGUGCACUACAGGAACAUGAAGAGGAACCACCAGGCCAUGUUGGAUAUGGGGCUGAAUUCUACCACCUCGGCGUUCAAGACAAGAGGCAGAUCCAGGAGAGUAAUGGCGGAGAGGCCGGUCAAUGGCAAACACAGCGAUUCAGAGGAUGGGUGGACUCCCCACUCUCUGAGUAGGAGCUCGGACAACACGCAUCCAGAAGUUUUCAGUCAGCAGAUGCCUUCCUGCAGUAAAGUCAGCUGCCUCAUGAACCAGAAACCUUCUCAGCAGGGUGUCGGGGAAGUUAAAAAAGAGCAGAGGGAACACCUGAUAUCUGAGGGUGAAGGGACCACGAGCGAGAGCCACUACAAGGUGAAAUGGAGGAUGAAGGGUGCAGAGGUUCAGGAUGUGACUGGUGAGGAGCUGACUGGUUCGCUUCCAUUAAACACUGAUGGGAGAAGGAGAAGCAAACGGAUUGUGAAACCUCCAAACCAAGCAUGGAGAGCAGAUGAAUCCUCCCAAAUCUUUGCUUGUACUCAGAGUCCAUCCUCCAACACAGCAGACAUUGACCAGCACCGACAUAUCAAAAGAUCUCACCCCAAGGAGUAUGUCAGACAACUGAGGGCUGGAUCUGUCAACACAACCCAGCAUUUACCAACUUCUCCUGGCCCUAGUGCCGCUCAGCCCAGUACAGACACACUCAGUACCCUGGAUGGAAUGAGUACAGACACACUGACAGCUUUACAGGGUUCCCAGGGUGAGAAGACUUUCAGUUUAAACAGAGGCUGUAAAAAGCACAGACAGACUAACACUGGGGAGAAGCCCUACCAGUGCUCCCAGUGUGGGAAAAGCUUCAAUCAGUUAGGAAACCUAAAGGCACACCAGCGGAUUCACACAGGGGAGAGGCCCUACCAUUGCUCCCAGUGUGGAAAGAGCUUCAGUCAAUUAGGAACCCUAAAGGGACACCAGCGGAUUCACAAAGGGGAGAGGCCCUACCAGUGCUCCCAGUGUGGAAAGAGCUUCAAUGAAUUAAGAACCCUAAACCGACACCAGCGGAUUCACACAGGGGAGAGGCCCUACCAGUGCUCCCAGUGUGGAAAGAGCUUCAGUCAGUUAGGAAACCUAAAGGCACACCAGCGGAUUCACACAGGGGAGAGGCCCUACCAGUGCUCCCAGUGUGGAAAGAGCUUCAAUCAAUUAGGAACCCUAAAGGGACACCAGCGGAUUCACACAGGGGAGAGGCCCUACCAGUGCUCCCAGUGUGGAAAGAGCUUCAAUCAGUUAGGAAACCUAAAGACACACCAGCGGAUUCACACAGGAGAGAGGCCCUACCAGUGCUCUCAGUGUGGGAAGAGCUUUAUUCAGUCAGGAAACCUAAAGAUCCACCAGCGGAUUCACACAGGAGAGAGGCCCUACCAGUGCUCCCAGUGUGGGAAGAGCUUUAGUGAGUUAGGAAAC